CGAAUCAUAUAUAGUCUUACAACCAAAUAUCCUAUAUGGUAUAAUAGUACUUCUUCUCCGUCGGACACCGUAAUCUUUACACGCUCUCUAAGUCAUAUAUAAUCACGCUUCCCUUCGGCUCUGCUCUGCUUGCACAGUUUGGAUCUGACAACAAUUUCCACGCAGCUUCUUCGUCUCUAUAAUCCGAUAUUUAUCGAAGCAAUAUUUUUUAUCUCUCCCUGUUCUGCCUGUUUACCGCCCCUACGUGCUAGGUCACGCAAAGAACUGGAUUCAAGCCUCCUGCCGUCAAACCGUGCCGAACUAUUACGUCAAAUCAGCUCUUAUAGUUCAAUUUUUAGAUUGUUCUAUUUUGAGAGAAUUGCCCUAAGGACUCCCCAUUCACGUGUCAAUGUUCCCCUCAACAGGCAAAGACUCGAUGCUCAUGGAGAUUGCCGGCCCAACGUCCCCACUUUCAACCAAAAAAAGGAAAAGAAUGGAUCAAACAUCCAGCCAUCCAUUACCAACAAACCAUGAGGUCGACAUGCCCGAUAUGGCAUCCAGAACUGGUCGAGAGGGAUGGACAUACCAUCUUGAAAUCUUACAAGAGCCUCUAAGGGCCAGGGCUUGUGGUUUUGGUAAUAAGGAUCGCAGACCCCUUACGCCCCCUCCUAUUAUCCGAUUGUGGAUUCAAGAUGCUUUAGGAAAUCAAGUGGAUCCCAACAUAGUUGAUUCCAACACCAUAAUCCUCCAGGUCGACUUAUGUUCGGCUGACGGGCACGAAGGAAGAAACGUGGUAAGACAUCCAGUGGGACCUGGCAGUGUUCCUGCAGUUGUCUCAGUGAGCGAAAAUGUUAGGUCAGGUCAUGUAGAUCCUUCGACUCUUCCAACUACAUCCACAGCGGUGUCUGAACAGCCCUAUAGGAAUAGUAGCAUGGACUAUUCUUCAUGGCCUGAGCAAUAUUCCUCGGAAUCUUCCGACCGGACCACUCCGGGGUGGACUUAUCAAGAUGCCUUUGUCUCUUCACCACGCAUUGCCGGAACUCGCCCUCCCAUGGCUCGACGAGUACGCACUCCCACUCGACCUUCCACUGCGCCCUCCUUACGUCCUCCGGCAUGGAGCGUUGAUGUCUCUCAACGGCCAUUGUAUGAGGAAGCUCUUCCUCCGAUUUCUGCACUUGCAGAAAAUAUUCGCGACCCCUCUGGGCGCCCCUGGUUUCCCGACCCCCACAUUAAUACGCAAAGGCCGACAAGUAGCAGUUCUUUGCGGAGCCGCCCUCACACAUCCCACUCGACUGAUUUGAGUACAGCUCCCACCGACUACUCAUUUGGGAGACCUACGACCACAAGUUCCACCGGUAGCUGGCAUCUAUCGGCCGAUUCAGAGUAUAAGGGUUUCGCACUUGAAAACCAAGCUGCUGAAGGCUCAAAACCUGGCCCCGGAGCAAAAUCCAAUGAUCCUAACGUACCUAUAUCAUCCGCGGAAACUCAAGCAACAUCACCUGAAUCUUUUCUUCCCGGUUCUUUUACUGACCGCUUCACUCAAAACGACUCGCCCCGUGUACCAUACUCGUACCACAACUCCCAUUAUCGGUCGGAUGUCGCGCCGGGCAAGGAGCGGGACUCUUUCCAUAGUCCAGACCUAGAUACUAUGAAGGAAACCCGCUGUUUCGCACCAGCAAGCGUUGCGUCGACUUUGGUUUUGGUUGGGAAACGUCACACCCCUUGUAACAAACUAAAAGAUGAGCAUGGACGGUUAGGUCUAUUUUUCUUCGCCACGGAUCUGGGAGUGCGGACAGAAGGGAGAUUUUGCCUGCGAAUGAAGAUCAUGGAUCUAAGCCUCUUCUUACGGCCUCCUAACCCAGGCGAUAGCACGCCCAUAUUGGCGGAAACUAUCAGUCAACCAAUAGAAGUGUAUUCUGCAAAACGCUUUCCUGGAGUCAUACCUACUACUAAACUCACUCGUUUGUUUGCUGCUCAGGGAAUCAAAUUGGCUGUCAGAGAAAGUCAUAAACAAAAGCACCGCAGCAAAGAGAACGUAGAUAUGGAUGUUCAAGAUGAAAUCGAGGAAGAUGAAGAUGGUCAAUGAGACAUGGGGGAUUACGAUUGUGCGAGUUGCGCCGUGCGAUGGGGUGUUAAGAAAUUAGUAAUAUUGUAGAAGUAAUAUACCGACGUUUAAUCGCAAAUUCAUACUGUUCAGAUAAUUAAACUUUCGAUAACCAGGGUAAACAUGAAGGCAGGGCAUAAU